CCAAGACUGUGUCAUGCAGCAGGAGGAAGUAAGGGAAGGAGGCGAUGACAAGCUAGAAGAGACAGACAACAGCAAUAGCAAGGCCAGUUAUGAAGGGGACAAGCAAGAGGUCAAUGAGGAGGACGUAGAGGAGAAAGAGGAAGGGUACAGGGCGGUAACCAUGGCCAUGGACGGAGUAGAACAGAGUGGUGAGGAGGAAGAAGUGAGUGGCAUGGACGAAGAGAGUAACGAGGAUGAGAGUGACGAGGAAGCGGAGGGUUAUGAGGAGGAAGAGAAUGAGGGAGAGCAGGAGUGCGAAGGCGAUGAUGGAGAGUGGGAAGACUGUGACGACGACGAGUGGGAAGACUGUGAUGAUGAGGAAGAGGAGGAGUACCAGGAGGAUGAAGAGGAGGAACAAGAGGAGGAGGGCGAAGAUGGUGACCGGGAGGAAGGGGACGAGGGUGACCAAGAAGAAGAUGGGGGAGAAGAGGAUGACCAAGAGGAUGGGGAAGAGGACAAGGGAGAGGAAGGGGAAGAUGGUGACCAAGAAGAAGAAGACAAGGUUGACCAAGAAGAUGGAGAACAGGAAGAGGAUGACUCAGAGGGGAAAGUGGAAAAUACUGACCAAGAACAAAGGCAAGCAGAAGACAAUGUUGACAAACCAGGUGGAGAGGAUCCCAAAGAGGAGGGGGAGGAAGAGAGUGCCAAGGAGGAGGUGAAAGAAAAUGAUAGCCAGGGUGAGGAGUGUAACAAGGAGGGUGAAGAUGGUGCCAAGGUGGAAGAAGAGCAAGAUGGGAAAGAGGUUGACAAGACGGAGGAAGGGCCAAGUGAAGAGAUUCCAAAGGAAGAUGGGAAAGAGAGUGACACUCAGGAGGGGGGAGAGGACGAGAGUGCUAAGAUAGAAGAGGGGGAGAAAGAGGAAGAAAAUGAGCCAGGGGAGGGAAGUGUCACUGAGGAAAAUGAGAGUGGGGAAGAUGGGAAAGAGAGUGACACUCAGGAGGAGGGAGAGGACGAGAGUGCUAAGAUAGAAGAGGGGGAGAAAGAGGAAGAAAAUGAGCCAGGGGAGGGAAGUGUCACUGAGGAAAAUGAGAGUGGGGAAGAUGGGAAAGAGAGUGACACUCAGGAGGAGGGAGAGGACGAGAGUGCUAAGAUAGAAGAGGGGGAGAAAGAGGAAGAAAAUGAGCCAGGGGAGGGAAGUGUCACUGAGGAAAAUGAGAGUGGGGAAGAUGGGAAAGAGAGUGAGGAGGGUGAGAAAGAGAGUGCAAAGGAAGAGGGGGAAAGUGUCACCGGGGAGACGACAGAGGGGGAGGAUGAGCUCGUGAAGGCAGAUGGGGGGAGUGUCACCGAGAUGAAAGAGGGUGACGAGAAUACAGAUGGGGAGGAGAGUGUCGAGGUAAACGAGGAGGCUGCCACAGAGGGGAAAGAGAGUGAUGCGAUGCAGGGGCGGGAGGAAGAGAGUAUUCCUAGUGAUGCCAAAGAGAGUGAGGAAGGUGACAAAGAGAGUGCGAAGGAAGCGGAGGGAGAGAGUGUAGGAGAGCAUGAAAAGGCGGAGGACGGCAGUCCCAAGGAGGAAGAGGGGAGGGACAGUGCCAAAGAUGAGGAGAGUGAGAGUGCAGUUGAGGAAGAAGAGAGUGUUCAAGUGGAAGAGAGUGACCAAAAGGACGAGACAAAGGAAGAGAGCGCUCAAGAAGAUGGCGAAAGGGUCAUUGAGGGGAAAGAUGACAUGGCGAAAGAAGGGGACGUGAGUGUCCAAAGGGAGGAGUCGGAGGACCAGAUUGCCAAAGAAGAUGGGAGUCAGAGUGUCAUUGAGGGGAAACAGACCGACAAGAUGGAGGAGAGUGACAAAAAGGAAGAGGCGAAGGAAGAAAGUGCCAAGACGGAAGCGGGUCUUGAUAGCGAGGGCAAAGGGGGUGACACAACGGAGGAAAGCGAGACAGAGAGUGCCAAAGGAGUCGAGGAACAGAGUGUUACUGAGACCUUAAAGAGUGAUACAUUGGAGGAAGUCGAGCAGGGCAAUUCAAUGAUGGAGGAGGCGAGAGACGGUUCAAAGGAAGAGAGAAGUGAUAGCAGUGAGAAAAUGAGUGGCAAGGUGGCAGAGGAGAGAAAGCAGGAAGAGGGAGUCGCAAAAGAGAUGGAGAAAGAGGGUGAGAGAAGAGAAAGCUACUUUGAAAGAAUGAUCAGCCGCCUCACCAAGAAAGACAAGGAGGAGAGGCGAGAGCGGGUGAGACAAGAGGAGGAGCGAAUAGAACAGGAGAAGAGAGAGCGGGGGAAGAGGGAAGAGGAGAAGAGGAGGAAAAAAGAAAGCAGGAAGGAAGAGGAGUGCAGGGAGAGGGAGGAGAGGAAAUCAAGGGAAAGCAAAUAGGAGAGGAAUGACAAGCAAAGGAGGUCGGGUAGCACAAAGUGGAAGAUAAGGAAGCGCGCUAAAGAAGGGGCAUCUCAGAGGACCACUAAGUGUUACUGUCAAUGAUAUAAAGAAUUUUUCUCAAAUUGACACCCCUUUGAGAUACAGACACUGC